GGAAUCCGCAUUUCUCUCUCCGUUUCUUGAGCAGACCGCAGACGAAGAAAACCGAAAAAAAAAAAAAAAAAAAAAAAAAAAAAAAAACCCAGCGGUACUCCCUUUAUUUUUAAGUUUUUCUUUUUAAGAGCCAUACUUAAUCGUUAAGUAAAAAAAAAAAAAAUAAAUAAAUAAAUAAAAAAAAAAAAAAAACUACCAGCGGGAAGAGUAGCUUUUUUCCAAAUAAAAAUAUCUCAUUGACUUCCAAAUCCAAAUCAGUCCGACGCCCAGAACACGCAUCUGAUCGAGAAGUGCAACAUACAAUGUUUGAAUGAAGAAACUUGGACACAUUAAAAAUCCAUAAAAGAAAUUUGAGAAGCUGCUGAAAUGGAAGACGGUUACUCUAUUGCGAGGAGAUGGGAGGACCUGGACACUGAUGUUUUGGUGAAGAUUUUCCAGUCCUUCAACAUCUUUGAGCUAACUUCAGGCAUUGCUCAUGUCUGCAGUGCAUGGCGUAUGGCUUGCUGCGAUCCUCUGCUUUGGAAAACACUUGAUUUAUCAAUGUUGAAAUCCAAUUUCAUAAUAAUCCAAUUAGAUCCAUAUGUUUAUGUUGAUAGCCGUUCUGAUAAGAUACUAACUCGUCUGUUGAAGAUUUCUUUGAGUCUCAGCAAGGGAAACAUAACAACCUUGAUUUUCCAUUUCAACCUAUACGUGAGCGAUGAUCAGUUGACUUACACUGCUGAAAGGUGCCCAAGGCUAAGACGGCUUGUUCUGCCGGCUUGGAACAGAAUAAAAAAAACUGGAAUAUGCAAGGCCAUUGGCACAUGGAAAGAUCUUGAAUCCCUGACAAUGCCUAAGAUAGCAAAUCCCCCAUACCUCAUGGAGGAGAUUUCCAAGAACUGCAAGUACUUUAAUAAACUGAAGAUUAUGGGUCCUUUUGAUGUUUUAUUUGCUUCUACACUAGCUGCAUUUCUUCCAAAAUUGAAGGUCCUAAGUCUCCGAUGCUCAGUUGUAUAUAAAGAUGCUCUGAUAAUAAUUUUGGAUGGUUUGCAACACCUAGAGGUGCUUAACAUAUCGCAUUGCCUUCUGAUAGAAGUCCUUCCACCUCCUGCAUCUAAAAGAGUUGUUAGAGAAAUUGAUGAAUCUAUCCGCAGAAGGGCUUCUCAGUUACGUGAAUUUUUAACAUGCAUGAAAGAUUCAUGCAUUAUGUGCCAGCGAACGAAAAAUGACGAAGGACUCAUGAGGUGGUACAAGUAUGAGGAAGGGCUUUGGAAAGCAGAUGAGGUGAGCUCUCUUGCUCUUUGAUUAGAGCUUGCAGAAUCAUAGUUCCACGAAUUCUCAAGGGUAGUGUUUGACCCUCUCCUUCAGUGAUUGUAAUGCUUUUAUGCUAGAAACAGAAUAAAAUGUCACUGAAUAAAUGCAAAUGAAAGCUGUCAUUGUGGUCUUGUGUUAUUAAAGCUCCAGCUCAGUGGAUUAGGGAGGGUGGGAGGUUGGUUUUGGGGUUUUGAUACACAAUCUGCUUGUUUUGGGAGAGGGGUUACAUAGUUAUGGCAUUACCAGUGUAUAUAUAUGUUGAGUUCGUCUUAGAAUGUGAUUCUCAAUUUUGGUCACCCACACCGAGCAAUUACGAAGAAGUGGCGAAUUACUGACUUUGUUGUCUCUGGAAGGAUUCAAGGUAGCAAUGAUGUUCUGCC